AUGUCAGGCAAAAACAAAGAAUCAAACACCCAAAAAUCUUCCAUGGACAAGGGCAAAUCUUUGGCGAAUACAACGCCGUCUGCCACAAAGUUACUCUUGGAGGUUUUUGGCAGAACCACUGCAGCAACAGAAUUAUCUGGACUAAUGAGUAGAAUAGAUAACGGUUUGAAAGGUGGCUCCUCUUCCACACCAAAUGCUUCAUUUUUGCGUAUGCAAGAGUGGACGGAAAGCAACUCGCAACAAGCUGCUUUGCGAUCUCGCAAUACGGGACUUCGUAUUCCUCAGAAGGUUGAUGAUCUAGAGUGGAUCAACUGGGAGAAUUCUAUAGAUCCUUAUGAGGUUCACGGUUUCGCGGAAAUUCUCAAACCUCCACAAGAUACCACCUUUGAUAAUUCUUUCAUGGGGAAUUCACAUCAAUAUCAGGAAUCUGACGGUGAUGAGGUUUUGAAAUUUUUAGAUCUCAAUCUUUAUACCAGUGAAAUUUACGAUCCCGUUGACCACGACAAGGAAUUAUUUUCGCGUAGUUUACAAAUGAAUUUAGAAUCAGCUGCCUUGGAUGAUUUUCUGGACGCACCGGAUGUUGUGACAUAUCUCACGCAGACGAGGUACACGCUUGAUGUGUACGGACCCACUUUUUUGAAAAGUCUCAUCAAAGAGGCGAGGGAUGAGAUGACUAAUGGGAACAGCGCGAUCAAAGAUGAUACUGCAGAUGAGAAUCGUCAAAGAAUUGCGAUAGAAAGAUUAUCGAUGAUGAGAGAUCAUUUAAUACAAAUGCGAGAAAAUCUUAAGGAGCAAUUAAAAUGA